AUGGCUCAUUAUCUAGCCGUCGUUUUUGUGGCACUGUGUGCCGUUGGAUUCACAUUGGUUCGUAGUCAAGUUGUUCCCGAUAAUCGCUGCUUUUUGGAAAACGGCGGAUCGUCCGAGAGUUUCUUUGUAUCGGAAGAUUUGGAAAUCGGAUCGGUUAUCGGUCAUGUUCGUGUUCACGGCGAUCCAAGACCUGGAGGAACGAUAGCUUUGCAUCUGAAGGAAUCGGAUAGUCCAAUCGAUAUAUCGCCAGGGUCAAAAAACUUGACUUUAAUACGGCAAUUGGACAAGGAAGGAAUCGAUGGACCUUCCUCGGUUUUCAUAAACUUGAUCUGCGAGAGGCUUCGCACUUUAGAUACGGGAUUCGUAAUUCCUGUAAAUAUUAGAGUGACGGAUGCUAAUGAUAAUGCACCUGAGUUUAUCAAUGCACCGUACGUUCUUAACAUCUCGGAGGUGACUGUAGUUGGGACAAGAGUUCUUCAAGGUGUCCACGCUAUUGAUGCAGAUCAGCAGGGCCCAUUCUCAAGUGUAAAAUACUCAGUUUUACCUGGUCCCAACUCAAAUUACUUUGAAUUUGAGAACGAGUUGGAGGGCACUCUUGUACUGAAGAAGCCUUUGGACUAUGAAAAGUUACGCAGCUUCGAUGUGAAUAUUCGAGCACAAGAUCAUGGCGAACCUCCAAAAUCCACGGAUACAGUCCUCACUGUGCACGUGGUGGAUGCGGAUGAUCAAAAUCCAAAAUUUCUAGAUGACAAUUACACAUCAACUAUACCGGAUUUGCCGAUACGCGGCGCAAAUUUAGUUUUGAAGCCUAGGGAAAUCAAAGCCUAUGAUCAAGACUUGGGAAUCAACGCUCCAGUUUAUUACUCAUUCAAUGGGAAUAAUUCGUAUUUCAAAAUUAACCGAAUCACUGGGAGAGUGUCCAUUGGAAAAGAUUUAACGGAGAACGAUUUAAUGCAUCCGGCGACUUUGGUUAUUAAAGCGACGCAGCAGGAUAAUCCGGAUCGAUAUGCACUGUCGACCCUUACAGUGUACAAGAAAUUCCAAAGCAGUUUAAAAUUUUUAAAACAUGUUUUCUACGUGCGGGCGUCUGAAGCUUUGCCACCUGGAGCUGUUUUGACCAUGCUUUCUAAUAACAGACCGGGAGAGCAUUUGAGGUACUUUGUUUCGGAGCAGGGAUUGUUGAAAGUUUUCAGUAUCAAUACCAGAGGAGAACUUGGGUUGAGAAAGAAGUUGGACUUCGAGGAGAGGAACGAAUAUGUCUUCAAGGUUUUUGCGACUGAUGGAAUCACGAAUGAUUCUGCCGUUGUUAAUGUAAGCGUGGAAGACGUUAAUGAAUGGGAGCCGAGGUUUCGUUAUCCCCAUUACGAAUUCUUUGUUUCCGGUCAAGAAAAUGAAAUUGUUGGAAAAAUAGAAGCAGCAGACGGUGACAAGAGUGAUCGAAUUGUAUUGACGUUGGCCGGAUUGAAUGCUUCGUUGUUUGCUAUCAGUCCAUUCGGAGAAUUGAAAUUGAUCAAAGGUGGAAAAUUUGAAGGAAUAGCAACUUUGGCUGUGAUAGCAACAGAUAACGGAGAACCACAGAGGACUUCAAGCGUCCCAGUGACGGUACAUUUUCCGGUUGCUGGAAAAACUGGAGCUGUCGUGAACAGCGCGAAAUCAAACGGCGGUCCGUUAAUCCUGGCCGGUUUAGGUGGAAUCUUGCUCGUCCUCGCUUUCGUUAUUGCAUUGCUCAUCGCAUAUAUCUGCAAGGCGAAAAGAAAUAGAAACAGAGAGGAAUUACCGUCGCUCGAGCCAGAAAAAUCCGUUUCCACAUCACCUCCGAUGGUGGAGAAGAUAAGCAAUCCAAUGUUUGCAGGAGUCAGAAGCCAAUUGAAUGUGAGCAGAUCUCCAACUGCUACAGCGAUGGGUGGAGUCCCUACCGUCGAGGGAUUAGCUUCAAUCAAAGCACGGAUUCCCAGCCCGAAGGUACAUCCUGCGCCGCAACCUCCGAAUUGGCCGCAAUCUGCUUCCUCGCAAAGAACUGACUCCGAUAGCACGGACAAUCUGAAUAACAUCGACAGCUCGCCAAAAGUAACCGAGAAUUCAAAUUUGACUGUGUACUUUUAGAACCCUA